CAUUUUUACCGUAUCGCGGAAGUUGGUGAAAAGAGGGAAAUGCGGUUUGAAGACAUCGUCGGUCAAAUUUGUAAGUAUGUAUACAGUCAACUUCGGCUUCGUUGGGAUUUGACUUUGUCGUGUCAUUUACGGAGUCAUGUCUCAGUCAGUGGUCCAAAUCCAGCUAACAGAAAUGCAGUUCUGGCUGGACAAAGUGGAGGGUUGGAGUCCAGCUGACAUUGCGGACGUUCAUAAGGAUACCUGUUUUUACUUGAGUUCACUCAGCGAUUUCCUCCAGAGACUCCUUCAACACAUCACCGGCGUGGCCUCCACGACAGAGACCAUGAAGAACAUGCCUUCUCUCGGCCAGAUUGUGGGCCGCCUUUGCUGGAACCCAGUUGUCACUGCUAAUGAUGAAACCAGAGCGCUGAUCAUUCAGUGUCUGUGGGCACUGUACACCGAGCACCCAGGCAACACUCUGGAAAGAACAGCUAACCAAUGGGUACAGAGAGUGUUGUGCCAACUUGCGACUGAAGACGACACAAAUUCAUCCAGGCUUUUGCUGAAAGGAUUGGGCUUGUCGCCAACACAGUACCAUCAAGAAUUCCUCAAAAAAGUGGUGAAACAAUUGCAGGAAAACAGUGGAAAAACCUGCCAUUUGUUGGGGGAUGUAAAUCAGAGUUGUUCAUGUGACAGGACUGUCGCCAUAUCCGAGGCGUGCAUCCCCCUGGUUACCUGCGCAGAAGUUGCUCCUCUCAUUGGAGCUUUACUCCAGAGGACAUUGACAUGUCCACAAUCAACAAUUACUGAUAGCUUCCUGGGAGCUCUAAGUUCCGCCUAUUCCAGUGGUCGCUUGGCACUAGAGGACCAUGCUGUAGUCGUCCUGUGGUAUCACAGCCUGCCCAGCCUGGAGGAAGCGGUGCUCAGUUUGCUGGAGUCAACUGUCCUGGCCAAUACUAAGAUAUCACCGCAGAAGCUCCAACAGCAAAUAACACAGUCACUCCUGCCUAAAGCCUGUGCCCAGUACUGCUCCAUGUUCUUGGUUGUCAAUGACAUCUUUAGAUCCAUCCUCAAGAAGCGAGAGGAUCUUCCAUGCAUUAGAACUCUCAUCCAAACGUUUACGAGCUGCUUCUACAAGGAACUUACAGUAUUACAUCCACAGACCCGUUUACCUUUGAAGGCCUUCUUUCCUUUGUCCCCACAAAGUUUGCUGCUUCCGCUCUUGACCCCGCCUACAGAGGUGCCAGGGGAGGCUCGAAGACGUCACCUGUACUGGCUCAGUGGCUCAUUACGGAGACUGACAGAGGAGGAAGAGGAGGCAGGUUGCAGUGGCAGAAUCUUUGAGGCCUGGUUCCUGGUGGUCCAAUGUUCCCACUGGGUACAAGCGGCCCUCCAGCUGCUGCUUUCCACACAGCUCCUUGAUGUCGAUCCCUUGCUGUGGCUGCUGACCUUUUACCAUCACCCGACCAAAAGGGGGCACUGCAGGGAUGUACAACUGGUACACUUUAAGGAAGCCUGGGACCACCUGCACCACCUCUUUUUUACAGUGCCCGCGCUCGCUCAUCCCCUUCUUCCUGUGGAGCGGCUCCACAGUCUGCUGGUGCUCAUUUCACCGUGCACUCAGCGACCAUCGGCGGCACCGUUAUUGAUUGUCGACCUUGUGGUCAACUGUGCAGUUUUCUCCCAACAAUCACUAAACGUCUCUACAGAGAUUGUACGCACGGUGGCGGCACGGUCCGGUCUGGUCCGUGAAGCGAUGCACGUUCUGGACUCACUGGAGCAUCAACUCAAAGCAGCGAGUUGCCAAUCAAAUGACAACAGCAAAGUUGUCGUCAGGAUCAAGGAGCUUCACAACACUCUUCAGGAUAUCCCCUCAGGGACCCGCCCUUCGCAUUGACACAGUCAACAAGCAGCCUUGGCUAAGGGAUUCGGACCGCCACAACAUUCCGCUGUUGGCCGCCAGUGCUCGACCCUCGCAUGACCCCAAGCUCCUGUCAUCUGCUUCUGUUGUCGGCCGCCUGAAGACAGGGAAAGAGAGACAGAGAGAGGUACACAUGGAGGUUAUUGUAGAAGCACAAUACAUUAUAGAAAGGCUUCUGUUGGACAUUUAACCAUAAUAAAGAUAUGACUUCUGCAACUCAAA